AUGUCAACGACGACAGGAUUCUCAACACCCGCCACCACCUUCGGUGAGAGGCUUGAGCUGUUCGAUGUCAGCAGAUCAACUGCACGUCCGAAUGGAGGUAGCAAUCUGGCCAACACUCUUCCGUAUUGGCUGGUCAAUGUGCCCCGGACCCAGUGGCCAGCUGACUGCCCUGCGUUUCUUCAAGAUCUGCCGGCAAAGUCUAUUGCAAUUUUGUCGACGCCAGACGAGCAGUACAAGCGGCAGGAUUGGGAGACCGUGAAGGAGAUAGUUAGAACCAACCGGAUCGACCGGUUUCAGCGGCUUCCGAGUGACCUGCGAAAGUAUCUAGAAUUCAAGGCGCAUGUUGUCGCCAAGUACGGGUCGAUCAUGCGUUUUGUGGUCAAGAAGAGGCUCCGCUGGGGAGAAGGGUACGCGGAGGAUCUGAAGCCGAAGGGACGGCCGUUUGAGUGCGAUGAUGACAUCAAGAUCCUAUUCAAUGACUGGCCGUAUGGGGUUGAGGAAGGCAUUAUUCAUCUUGUGGUAUGGACCAAGUUUGAGUUGGAGGAUGAUCCUGUCACGGAUGAUUUGACGCCUCAGGCGAGGAAGGAGAUCGAUGACUUUGUGAAGAAGAAUUUCUGCUCCAGAGUACCAGCGGAACAGGUAAUCUGGUUCAAGAAUUGGAGAUCACUGAAGUCAGUGCAUGCGGUUGAACACUUUCAUGUCAUGCUCUACCGGCCGGACAUUGAGUUUGUAAAGGAGAUCACUCAAGGAGAUGAGCCUCUCCUGAUCAAGGCGUGA